AUGAGCUUCUGGACAAAGCUACCAGUAUUGGGGGUGCCAUUGUUCCUUGUCCUCGGCCUUGUUCCCGCUACUGAGACGGAAAGAUCCUCCACCCAGGCUAGCGGCGGCACCUGGAGCCCCGGCCACCUGAUGGAAGUACUAGGAGCUCUGUCUGCUGGUAACCCCCCACCCCUGAACCAUUCGCGAAGCCUCAUCAAAACAUUGCUGGAGAAAACUGGCUGCCCACGGAGGACAAACAGAAUGCAAGGAGACUGCAGUCUGUGCUUUGAACCAGAUGCCCUGUUACUAAUAGCUGGAGGAGAUUUUGAGGAGCAGCUCCGAGAGGAAGUGGUCCAGAGAGUUUCUCUUCUCCUCCUCUAUUACAUUAUUCAUCAGGAAGAGAUCUGUUCUUCCAAGCUCAACAUGAGUAAUAAAGAGUAUAAAUUUUACCUACACAGCCUCCUCAGCCUCAGGCAGGACGAAGACUCCUAUUUCCUUUCACAGAACGAGACAGAAGAUAUCUUGACACUCACCAGGCAGUACUUUGACACUUCUAGAAGCCAGUGUAUGGAAACCAAAAUGCUGCAGGAAAAAUCUGGAAUAGUGAGCAGUGACGGUGCUGAUGAAAAUACACUUCCUCAGUUGGCGGCGACAAUCAUCGCUUUGUCCCUCCAAGGUGUUUGUCUGGGGCAAAGGAAUUUGCCUUCCCCAGACUAUUUUACAGAAUAUAUUUUCAGUUUUUUGAAUAGUUCAAAUACUCUCCACCUCUCGGAACUAGACCAACUCCUCAACAUUCUCUGGACCAAAAGUACCUGUAUCAGAAAAGAUAAAAUCCAUCAACUUCAAAGGAAACAGAACAACCUAUCAAUCUAUGAUUGGGGCUACCCUAAUCUAUCCAUGGGCCAAGAGUCAGAUGAUGGUUCAGCUUCCUGGGAUGAGUCUUGCUUCUCUGCGGGGCAGCUGGUGGAGAUAUUUCUACAGAACAGUCUUUCACCCAUUUCCAAGGAAGACUUCAAACGAAUGAGUCCUGGAAUCGUCCAGCAAUUACUCAGCUGCUCUUGUCAGCUGCCUGAGGACCAACAAGCAAAGCUGCUACCAACCACUCUGGAGAAAUAUGGCUACAGCACGGCGGCCGUGGCCUUGCUCACACUGGGCUCCAUGCUCGGGACGACGCUGAUUCUGUUCCACAGCUGUGAGGAGACCUACAAGCUGAUUUUACAGCUCUUUGUGGGGCUGGCCGUCGGGACACUUUCUGGUGAUGCUCUGCUCCACCUUAUCCCUCAGGUCCUUGGUUUACAUAAGCAGGAAGGCUCAGAGUUUGGACAUUUCCAUGAAAGCAAAGGCCAUAUUUGGAAACUGUUAGGAUUAAUUGGAGGCAUCCAUGGAUUUUUCUUGAUAGAAAAAUGCUUUAUUCUUCUGGUAUCACCAAAUACUGAGCAGGGUGUGUCCUUGAUUAAUGGGCAUGUGGGCCAUUCCCACCAUCUUGCACUCAACUCUGAAUUAAGUGACCAGUCAGGCAGAGGCAAAUCUGCUUCAACUAUCCAGUUGAAAGGCCCAGAAGAUUCACAGGCAGCUGAAAUUCCUGUAGGCAGUAUGACAGCCUCCGACAGAAAAUGCAAAACCAUUAGCUUGUUAGCAAUAAUGAUACUGGCUGGAGACAGCCUGCAUAAUUUUGCAGACGGCCUUGUGAUAGGAGCGGCCUUCUCAUCUUCAUCUGAGUCAGGAGCGACCACCACACUUGCAAUCUUGUGUCACGAAAUUCCACAUGAAAUGGGAGAUUUUGCCGUGCUCUUAAGCUCUGGACUUCCUAUUAAGAUUGCCAUCCUUAUGAAUUUUAUAAGUGCUCUCACUGCCUUCAUAGGACUAUACGUUGGCCUCUCAGUAUCAACUGAUCCGUGUGUUCAAAACUGGAUCUUAACAGUUACUGCGGGAAUGUUCUUAUAUUUAUCCUUGGUGGAAAUGCUUCCUGAAAUGACUCAUGUUCAAACACGGCGACCCUGGUUGAUGUUUCUCCUGCAGAACUUUGGAUUGACCCUAGGUUGGCUUUCUCUCUUACUGUUGGCUAUAUAUGAACAAAAUAUUAAAAUAUAA